AUGACUGGAGUCUUGGAUUUGGAAACCCACUUGGGGUUUUAUAAGUCAUAUCAUUUUAAUCGUGUCAAUGUGAUCAUUCAUACCAUUUGUAUUCCUAUCAUCUUGACCACAAUCGUCACUGCCCUUACUACCAUCAACAUCUCAGAUCAGCACCCAUUCCUUAACGUUGGUACUGCAUUCACAGUUGCUUACGGCAUAUAUUACACCUUAUUGGAUACCCCCGUGGGUCUUCCUGUCUUCUCCGGUUUGGUGUACAUCAAUUAUGCCAUAAAGGAACACUACUUGUCGUUGGAUGCCCUGCAGAAGAGUCAAUUUGUGAAAUCGGCAUUGACCUUACAUGUACUUGCAUGGCUUGCUCAAUUCUACGGUCACGGUGUUCACGAGAAGAGAGCUCCUGCAUUAUUGGAUAACCUCUUACAGGCAUUGGUUUUAGCCCCAUUCUUUGUGGUGUACGAAUUGUUGUUCGUCUUGGGUAUAAGAAAGGACUUGGAAAAGGCAAUGUUGAACAAGGCAGGCGUUAUGAGAAGUAAGUUUGCAUCAUCCAAGUAA